GAGUUAUUGGGUAAUGCUAGGAACCCCAAAAUUGUAUGAGCGAGACCCAAAUGCUGUUCUGGUUCCUGUUCGAGGCGUCUUUAUUCAUCAGGAUUACAGUGUUGGAACUUUGAUUAAUGACAUUGCAGUCGUCCUGCUGGCAUACCCGGUGAAUUUCUCUUCGUACAUCCAGCCCGUGUGCUUAGCUGAGAAGAUGAUGGAAGUGAAAGCAGGGACCCCGUGCUGGGUCACAGGAUGGGGUCGAACAGUAGGAAUACGGUCAUCACCCAAACCAGGCAACCUUCAAGAGUUGGAAGUGUACAUAGUUGACACUGACGAGUGUAAGAUGAAGAUUAAUGAAGCUGUAGGAUGCUAUGGAAUGGGCGUGCGAAGAGGGAUGGUGUGCAGCUACCGACAGCAGGGUCAAAGUCCGUGCUGGGGUGAUUCCGGAGGCCCUCUUGUCUGUGAGAUCAAUGAGACGUGGAUUCAAGUGGGGAUUGUGAGCUGGGGUGUGGACUGUGGUGUCAAUCCCCUUCCUACAAUGUACACUCAUGUCAGUGAGUACAUGGACUGGAUAACAGCCAUUUUAAGUCAGGCUGCAUGCAUGGGGUCCAUGGGGGUCUGCCAGCUACUCCUGUGCCUGGAGCUUCUGCUGCUGUUGCUGCUGGCCAUCGUGGUGCCCCUGUGA